GAGAGAGAGAGAGAGAGAGAGAGUAUUAAGUCACCGGUAGGCGGAGAAACUGGGGCUACAAAUACGGACCGAGCGUCCUUUGUAAUAAGAUUAGCAGACACUCAAGGAUAGACGACUAGAAGAGAAUACUAAAAAGUGGACGAACCAUACGUUGUUUUUACAGAAAUCAGAUUUAACCAUGAACAAAGACACAGAGAUUGACAUGAAGGAAGUGGAGCUUAAUGAACUGGACCCUGAGAAGCAGCCCAUGACAGGCGAUGGCCAGGCACCAGGCGGAGAGAAAAAUGGCAGCGUGAAGCUGAAGGUCCCUGAGGACGAGGUUACAUUCACCGGCCUUUCCAAAGAGGAGUUGAUGAAAGUUGCUGGUACCCCAGGAUGGGUGCGAACCCGUUGGGUGCUUCUUGUCCUGUUUUGGCUGGGCUGGGUAGGCAUGCUGGCUGGAGCCAUUGUAAUCAUAGUCCAGGCCCCUCGCUGCAAACCCAUCCCUGAGAUGAACUGGUGGAAUGAAGGACCCUUGUACCAGGUCUCUGACAUUGCAGCUUUCUCUGAUGGAAUGGAAGGUGUUGAGAAGAAGUUGGACGACAUAAGCCAGUUGAAGGUGAAAGGCCUUGUUCUUGGGCCUCUUCAUACUGUCCAGACUAACAACUCACAAACUCUAGAUCUUGAAACCAUCGACCCAGUCUUCGGUAACAAGGAACAGCUGGUGGCUGUGCUGGAAAAAGCCCACAAGAAGGGCAUUUCUGUGGUGCUUGACCUGACUCCAAACUACCCGGGAGGUGCUCCCUGGUUCAGCACUGCUAAUGCUGAUGGUGUGGUGGACAAAGUCAAGGCUGCAGCAGAGUACUGGCUGAAUUUGGGUGUUGAUGGCAUCAAGGUACCUGACUUAAAUGAGGUCUCCACCUCUGUUGAAUGGUCAAAACUGCAAGCUGUUGUCCAGGGCAACCGCACUGAGGGCACCAAGAAAAAGGCCUUGAUGGGUGUUGUUGGAGGUUUGUCGGCUACAGAGGUGUCUCAGCUCCUCAAUAUCUCAGGUGUAGACCUCAUCCUGUCUGACCUGCUCAGCAGCACAAGUGUGGACCGCAUCAAGGCUAUGGACAUCCUUCACUCUCAGCAGAGAAGUCUGGGCUGGGGUCUAGGUGCCGAGCAACAGGACCAGCUGUCAAAACUAGCAAAAACUCCAUCCCUGAUCCGUCUCUACCAGCUCCUGCUGUUUACCAUGCCUGGAACCCCAGUGUUUACCUAUGGAGAUGAGAUUGGCCUUCAGGCAGGAUUGAACGAAAAACCUAAGAUGGUUUGGGACAUAGAGAAGGAACCUACUGAGGUAGCACCUGCUGAUGAGGCUGCUGAGACUGAGCGGAAGGAACGCAUUGCUGUAAAGAAGUGGUUCAAAUCCCUCAGCGACCUGCGAGUCAAAGAGCGCUCUCUACUCCAUGGCGACUACUACCCCCUCUAUUCCUCCCCUUCUGCUCUUUCUUUCCUCCGUCUGUGGGACCAGAGCGACAGAUAUAUAACGGCUGUCAACUGGGGAGAACGACCUGAGACAAUCACUUUGACACUACCACCUACAGAGGGAGUAGAGUUGCCAAAGACAGCUGAGGUGAAGCUGUCUGCUGGCACAAACUCCACAUCAGAUGCCACUAAAGAGUCCACUAUCAGCCUGGACAAAAUCACUCUAGGACCUGGACAAGCCAUCCUGCUGAAGUUCCCCUACACAGGCUAAAGAUGGCGCCAAACUAUAGGAAAGCUACCUACAGAUUAGACUAAAAAAUUAAAGACAGUUCUAAUCCUUAGGAAUAAAAUGGCAUAUUCAAAAGAAACAAGACAUCUCUCUUUACCAUAAACACUAGAACUUCCUGUCAAUUUUUAUGUAGUUAGAACAUAAAUGAAUUGUAUCAAAGAAAAAAUGCAGAAUGUUGGGCCAGUAUAAACUGUUGGAUUUUUUUUGGGUUUUUAUAAAGUUAACACAUUUUUUUUAAAGGGUUUCUUUUUUCUUUUUCUUUUUUUUUUUUCAUCUGUGAUCUUUUAUUGUUGACUGUACAUUGUCCAGAUGUGUGAAAGACAUUCCAUCCAUGUUCUUUGGGCAUUUCUACAGCUGUCCCUCUGGGAAGAAAUUCUGUUUUUGUGACUGUUUUACUUUAUUCAUAGACUUUUUUUUUCCUCACUGGAAGGCACACAGGAACUCUAAACAUGUAUGGUGACAUGGUUUUAAGUAUUUUAAGAGUGCUAGUAAACAAAAUUGUUGCAAAUGGCUUCAAGUCUGUCAAGUGAACUGAAUUGGAAAAAAAUAAACAGAAAGUUCUGCACUGA